UGGACACGUGGAACACCUGCCAGAGAGCAGGGGCGGGGUUAUCUCCGACAGCAGGUCCAAACGCAGGAUACCCUAGAGAUGGGGGUCACGGGAAGACCCCAGGGAGCAGAGAGAGGGACACUCGCUCCUCUUAUCCCUGAUCCACUCCAAACAAGGUUUAAUAUAACAUAUCUUAUCAUGGUUUUUCUCUGCCCCUUCUCAAAUCAUCAACAGUAGAAAAAGAAGAAAACAUGUCAGGACACAAAUGCAGUUAUUCCUGGGAGCUGCAGGACCGGUUUGCUCAAGAUAAGUCAGUUGUCAACAAGAUGCAACAGAAGUAUUGGGAAACGAAGCAGGCCUUUAUCAAGGCCACAGGGAAGAAGGAAGAUGAGCAUGUUGUUGCCUCUGAUGCAGACCUGGAUGCCAAGCUAGAGUUAUUCCAUUCAAUUCAAAGAACCUGUUUGGACUUGUCUAAAGCAAUUGUACUCUAUCAAAAGAGAAUAUGUUUCUUGUCUCAAGAAGAAAAUGAACUGGGAAAAUUUCUCCGAUCCCAAGGCUUCCAAGAUAAAACCCGAGCAGGAAAAAUGAUGCAAGCCACCGGCAAGGCCCUCUGCUUUUCCUCCCAGCAAAGGUUGGCUUUGCGAAACCCUUUGUGUCGAUUUCACCAAGAAGUGGAGACUUUUAGACAUCGGGCCAUCUCGGAUACCUGGUUGACAGUGAACCGCAUGGAGCAGUGCCGGACAGAAUAUAGAGGGGCGUUAUUAUGGAUGAAGGACGUGUCUCAGGAACUUGAUCCAGACCUCUACAAGCAAAUGGAGAAGUUCAGGAAGGUACAGACACAAGUACGCCUUGCAAAAAAAAACUUUGACAAAUUGAAGAUGGAUGUGUGUCAAAAGGUGGAUCUCCUUGGAGCAAGCAGAUGCAAUCUCUUAUCUCACAUGCUAGCAACGUACCAGACCACUCUGCUCCACUUUUGGGAAAAAACUUCUCACACCAUGGCAGCCAUCCAUGAAAGCUUCAAAGGUUACCAACCGUAUGAAUUCACAACGUUAAAGAGCUUACAAGACCCCAUGAAGAAGCUAGUUGAGAAAGAAGGGAAGAAGAGCACACGGAGGGAAAGCCUGGAGGCUGUGGCCCAGGAGCCGAGGCAAUUAAUUUCUUUGGAGGAUGAGAACCAGCACAAAGAAUCGUCUACUUGUAAGACUGAAGAUGGAAAAGGUAUUUUGUCAUCUGUAGACAAAAGCUCUGCACAUGAUGCAUGCUCAGGACCAAUAGAUGAACUACUAGAUGUGAAACCUGAAGAAGCCUGCCUGGGUCCCAUGGCAGAGACCCCAGACCCCGAAUGUGGGGACAAGGAUGAGCUCGUGCUGUUGAAUGAGAUUUUCAGUGCCUCCUGCCUGGACGAAGGGGAGUUCAGUCGAGAGUGGGCUGCCGUCUUCGGAGAGGACCGGCUGAAGGAGACGGCCCCCGUGGGGGCCCAGGGAGAGCCAGACCCCAAGCCCCAGACAGGCUCUGGAUUCCUUCCUUCGCAGCUUUUAGACCAAAACAUGAAAGAUCUACAGGCUUCUCUCCAAGGCUGGUCAGAGAGCAAUGUCAGUCCUCAUACUCCAUGGCCAGCACCACAGACAAGCAAUUCAAAUGACAGCAGCGCUGCACUGAAAGAGCCUGCCAAGGCUGCCUCGGACCUGACUGCCUGGUUCAGCCUCUUUGCUGACCUCGACCCCUUAUCAAAUCCUGAUGCUGUUGGGAAAACCGAUAAAGAACACGAAUUGCUCAAUGCAUGAGUCUGCAACCUUCAACAGGGAGCCCUCGGGCCACUCCACAGCACCUCAUCCAAGGCUUGCAGAAGUCUGACGUGCUCAGUAUGCUGUUUUAAUAUUUACGUGCCAUUUUAAUAAAAGGAGAGGGUCAAGGCCCUGUUUCUAUCGGUA